AUGGUGAGGAACGUGGACGACCUCGACUUCUGCCUCCCGUCCCACGCCCAGGACGUGCUGGACGGGCUGCGGGCCCUCCGCGCGCACCCCAAGCUGGCCGACGUGACGCUGCGGGUGGGCAGCCGGGCGUUCCGGUGCCACCGCAGCCUGCUGGCGCUGUGCAGCCCCUACUUCCACGCCAUGUUCGCGGGGGACUUCUCCGAGGGCCUCGCGGCGCAGGUGGAGCUGGCGGACGUGGAGCCGGCCGCCGUGGGGCUGCUGCUGGACUUCGCGUACGCCGGCAAGCUCACCAUCAACCAGGACAACGUGGAGGCGCUCACGCGCACCGCCAACCGGCUGCACUUCCCGGCCGUGCAGAAGGCGUGCAGCCGCUACCUGCAGCAGCAGCUCCACCCCACCAACUGCCUGGGCAUCUGCGAGUUCGCCGAGCGCCACGGCUGCCCGGAGGUGGCCGCCAAGGCCUGGGCCUUCCUGCGGGAGAACUUCGAGGCCGUGGCCCGCGAGGAGGAGUUCCUGCAGCUGCCCAAGGAGCGCCUGGCCGCCUACCUGGCCAGCGAGCUGCUGCAGGUGCGCGCCGAGCAGAGCCGGGCCGAGGCCCUGCUCCGCUGGGUGAGGCACGAGCCCGAGGCCCGGACCCGCCACCUGCCCGAGCUGCUGGGCCUCGUGCACCUGGCGGCCCUCCCGGACCAGUUCCGGCAGCACCUCCUCUCCGCCGAGCCUUUGAUUCGGGCUUCCGAGGCUUGCCAGGCGGUGAUCUCUCAGCACCAGAGCCCGGUCAUCCCAGGCUCGUCCUCUCGGAUGGAGGAGGGGCCCUAUCUGGACAGGGCUUGGGUCCGAGGGCCGAUGGAGGGGCAGCUGUCAGGGCCUUUCGUGGGACGUUCACUUUUCCUUUUCUCCUUGUUUCCUUCCUUCACAGAGUGCUGGACGGCCCUUCCCGAUUUCCCCGACUACCAUAAAUGGGGCUUUUCUCUGGCGGCGCUGAACAACGACAUUUAUGUCACAGGCGGCUCCCGGGGCAGCAGGAUCGACGCCUGGUCCACGACCCAGGCCUGGUGCUUCCCGCAGAAGGAGGGCGUCUGGAAGCUGAUUGCGCCCAUGCUGAAGGCCCGCACUAACCACGCCAGCGCCGCCCUCAAUGGGGAGCUCUACGCCAUCGGGGGGACCGCCACGGACGCGGUGGAGGUGGAGAGCUACAACCCCUACAGCGGCAGCUGGUCGCUGGUCGGGCCGGCCCUCAAGUACGUGAGCAACUUCUCGGCGGCGGGCUGCCGCGGGAGGCUCUACCUGGUGGGCUCCUGCGCCUGCAAGUACAACGCGCUCACCCUGCAGUGCUACAACCCCCUCACAGAAGUCUGGAGUGUGAUUGCCUCGCCUUUCCUCCCCAAGUACCUCUCGUCCCCUCGCUGCGCCUCUCUGAACGGGGCCGUCUACCUCAUCGGGGACAACACCAAGAAAGUGUACGCCUACGACCCCGACGCCAACGUGUGGCAGAAGGUUCAGCUGCUCCACAGUCUGCACGAGAAUGGCGGGAUGGCGGCCCUGGGAGACAAGCUCUACGUGACGGGGGGCCGCUGGCAGGGCAUGGACGGAGACUACCGGGUGGAGAUGGAGGUGUACGACGGCGCCAGAGACGUGUGGACCCGGGCCGGGGCGCUGCCCUGCCUCUGGCUCUAUCACGCCUCCUCCUCCGUCUUCAUGGACGUCUCCAAGUGGACGGAGCACUUUGGAAGGAGCUGAGGGCCGGCCGCGGCAGAACUGUUUCUGGAAGCCUCUCCGGGCGCGGGGCACCCGCCACCCUCCCCGACUCCCGGGGCUCCAAGCCUUCCAGGGGAGGAGCGGAUCCCCCCGGCUCUCGAGGACAUUUUGAAUGGAGCUGCCGCUGGUUGUUUUUGGUGUCGUUACUGCUAUGGUGUUAUUUCUAACGGGACGUCUAUGCCGCGGGUCACCCGGGCAUGCACACGAAAGGCUGGCGGCGUGCUAAGAAGAACCCUGGAUUAGGAUCCAGGGCUGGCCUCGCCAUUGAGUGUUGGGUUUGGGGCAUGAGUCCAGCCUCCCCCGCAUCACUUCCUGCUUCUCUGGGCUGGAUGGGAGGAGGUGAGGCGACCUCCAAGGCCCUUCCUCGCCCAAGACCCUCUGAGACAUUCGGGCCUCAGUUUCCCCACUGAUUAAGGAGGACGCUGGACAAGGCAAUCCCUGAGAUCUCUUCCAGCUCCAAAGACUCGUGCAAAGCCUUUCUCUAGGACGCUGGGCCAGGGAUUAGCUGAGGUUCGGUUUUCCUGUCUGUACAGUAAAGGUUGGCCCACGUGGUCUAAGGCCCUUCUCCCACUCCUCUCUGACCUGCUAUGAUUCCAGGGAUCCGUAUUCUAAAAACUCCAAGAAUCCAUCUGAGUUGUGUAGACUAUUGCCUACAGUGAUGCCCUUUGUAGAAAGUGUAGACACCCUACAAGCGAGGUCUAUACAACCUCUCCCUGGACUCAGUGGUUUCCUCCUCCUGCCAGUUGAGAGCAAUGGCAACGGUGGAUUGCUGUCCAAUCCCCAGACAAAACCUGGCACACAGUCAGUGUUAAUAAGUGCUUUGGGGAUUGGGUUGGACAAGGCUGAGAAAGAAAGGAGCGGAUGGUGACUUCUCUGAUUUGAAUCCCUUCCUGACUGUGUGACCCUAAGCAAGUCAUUUAACUUCUAAGACUCAGGUUCUUGAUGCAUAAAAUGAGUCAAGGAAGGACUUCCUCCUAAGGUUGUCAUCUAGAUCAAACCAGCUAGUGAAAGUAAGAUUCUUUGUCCUCUCAAAGCACCAUAGUGUUUGCAGCUAUUGAUUCCAUUUUCGUUCUUUUCAUUUUACUUGGUUGGACCACAUAGAAUAGUCUGGGACAGUUUGCUCACCUUCAAUCAUUGUCUUUGAAAAUUGUUAAACUUUUGAAUUUAACCAAUAGCAAAAAGAGCAGUUUCUGGGAAAUCUCAACAUCAAAUAAAGAUUGUGGAGGAAACGAGGCUUCUCCGCCUCCUGUGGCUCACUUCA